CCCAACUAAAUGUGCUUAUUUCGUGUUGUAUUUGCUAUAUUAAGUUGAACAUAUCAAAAUAAAACAAUAAUAUGCCUCUUUAUUUAGAAAUAUUAGGAUUUAUGUUCAACGACAAAAGAUCAUCAUGGCUAAAGAUAUUUCUAGUGACGCAUUUCUUAUUGACAGUUAUAGGAGCUGCAGGAGCUUCAACUCCUGCAGUUUAUUUGUUUUACAAUUCUCCUACAUUGAUACUUAUGUUCUGGAGUGUGGGUUAUAAAAAUAACCUAGAAUUUCUACGAUUGAUCAUGUUAUCAGAAUUAUUUACUAUGAUAGCUGAUAUCUUUUACACGGUAAUGCAAUUAUACAUCAAAGGGCAUUCAUUAGUAUACUUCUCUUCGGCUGUAACUAUAUUACAGCUUGUACUUAGACCGUACGUGGUUCGUUAUUUAUUGUUAAUUAAGGACGAAGCGAUAGAGCGAAUCUCUUCGGAAGAUUUGGAAAAUGCCGAAUUCUCUAAAAGCAGUAUGGGCGUUAAUGAAUACGAAGCGGAAUUGUACGACGAGAAAAACCCAUUUGAAACCGGUAGACUCGCUCGACAUUCGUUAAAUUAGAAUUUAUUUAUACAGGGUCUUACCCAUGUGACCAAAUUAGAUUACAGCUAAUAUGAUGAUUUUAUAGAUAAAUUUAGUUUUAUUAGUUUUAUUACAAUUAAUUUCAACUAGAAAACUAAUGAAUCUGUAGUUCUAGUCAAUGUUUUAA